AGCAGCGCCAUCAUCAGCAACGGCAUAUCCCUUCACUCCUCUUGGCAUGCAUGCACGGGGUGGGCGAAGAGGGCGGGAGCAGCGUACAUCUUGGCCAUGUCCGGCAUGCGCGCUGAAUCAGCAGCAGCAACAGCAACAACAACAACACUACACAAUACCCUGGCGCAAGCAGGUGGACGCGUAGAGCGACGGUGGUGCGGUGGUGGUGCGGUGGUGCUGUAUGUUGCUCUUCAGCGGAUGUCGUUACUCCGUGUUUACAAGGGUACGGGUAGGCGCAAUGUCUCGCUUUCCCUUCCGAAGCGUAGAAGUCGGACUUCGGUGAGUGGUCGAUGGUCGCAAAGGCAGGGCCAGGGAAAGCACGACCGCCCGUGGCAGCACACGUCGGCACGUCAGAGGGCCAAGAUACUGUGCUGGACUGUCUCCAGCACACGCCCUCUCCCCUAUUCCCACUUCUCCCGCGAUAUCGAACCAGGGGCGAUAUUAAUCUCCGCUAUCAAAGAUCCACACAAACAAACAUGCAAUCAAUCAAUCAAUCAAUCCAUUCACCAUCUCACACCGUCAACAAUGAAUGAAGUGACCCUGUCUUGAUAGUAUGGUGUGGUGGUAGAAGAGGGGGUGGGUGCAAUCAAAGUCCGAUGUAAGAUGUCUUGUUUUUAGAAAGCUACGGCAACCGUCC